AUGUAUGAUUAUAAUACACUACCCUUUCAACCAGCAAACCACCAGGAUCAUGAAGAAGGACUAGAUUGCCCUGCUGGCGGUUGGGUUUAUCUAUGCUGUCGUUGCAUCGGCUCCUUCAGUCACAUGGCCCCGCCGCCGCCACCCCAUGCUGCUCCAUGCAUGAGAAACUGCUGCUGCCAUUCUGGUGGUCAGAGUACUGUUGCUGUUGCUGAUCCCCCGAAAGAACCGGAAAAGUUUAGUGUGGAUAACAAACCAGCAGUCCGGGUAUACUGCAAAUCCUUAGUUAAAUACUCUCUGACUAUCCGUAAUGGUAAACUCACGCUUGCACCCACCAACACUUCUGAUCCUCACCAGAAAUGGAUCAAAGAAGAGAAGUUUGGGAAAAAAGUCAAGGAUGAAAAGGGCAAUUCUUCUUUCGCUUUAAUUAACAAAGCUACUGGUCAAGCUAUAAAGCACUCAAUCGGUGUAACAUAUCCGGUUCAGCUGAUCAAGUAUGACCCUUAUAAACUCGACGAGUCUGUUCUUUGGACUUGGCGGGGUGUACAAGGUUAUAGUGCAAUCCGACCAGUUUAUGAUAUUUAUCUUAAUUUAGAUGCAUACGACUGCACCAAGGAUCUUGAAAAGACAAAUAUCCGUCAAUAUGGUUGGAAUGGAGGCGGUAACCAGCUGUGGAAUCUGGCUUUUUUCUUGGACCAGGUUCAUUUGCACCACAUGAGCUCCCUCAUGUCCGGCUCUUCUUCGUAUGCUAUCUUUGGCGGACAUGGACAUCCAGAGACUGUUGUGGCUUUCUACACAAUGAGUUCAGUCAACUCUCAGUGUUUGCUUAGAUAUCCUACUAGAUCUCUUGGAAAAAUCAAAUACAUCCUGGCUUUGGUGAUUUGGACUGGGUUACAAUUGGGCCGGGUCCCUAUUGGUCAAUGGCUUGGUCGCCCAGAUAAGAAAUUGACAAUGCUGUUUCUAGUUGGAGGUCUUACAAAUUUGUCUCUGGGAUGGGUGGAGCAUUUCGCCAAGGAAUAUAAAAGCAUGGGUCUUGCCGUUGAAAUUGUCAACUUCUAUCAAGGUAGAAUCCACAAAGAUGCGUGGAUUUAUAACCAAUACGGGAGGGACGAGCUUUAUAAGUUUGCUAAGCUCUGCAAUGGUAAUGACAGUAGCCGCUAUGUAGAAGUUAAACAUGGAUCCGAUAUUAGUGAUGUCCUAUCCAAGACCUUGUUAAAAGAUACUCCUUGUCAUCCUGCUGCCGCUGCCGCUGUUGCGGACGAUGAAGCUCGGGGAAGUAAGCAGCGAGAUGAUAUUGAUCGGAGAAUUUAUAAUGGUAUGCAUCCAGGCUGCUAGAUUGUUUGUGUUUGUUUUUUAUGUUCGUCCGCUCAUCAGAUCAUAAUAUGUAUCACUCUAGUUUGUUUUGUUGUUAGCAUCACACACAUACUUUACCGUGUGUUAUUUACCGUGUGUUUGAGUGAAUUGUCAUGAACCUUCCUUACAACGUCUGUGUAACUUAUCAGUUUUUCAAGUUUCUAGUUAUAUUGC